AUGGCUUCUACGAGGUCCGUGUCGUCGUUGCCAGCCACGCUGCAGACGUCAAUCGUUCUGUGCCAGCAAUUUGCUGCAUCUCUGGCUCCAAAUUCCUCGUUUGAAGUGCCUCAGAGCGAUUCCAGCGAACCUUCUCCCCUGGUCCUUCUACAUGCUGCCGCAACAACCCUGAGAGCGCAAGUUACCAAGUUGUCACUGUUAGCGAUCACGGCCCCAUUCACCCCUUCCGCCGUGUCGACAUGUUUACUCCCAUUGAACGAAUCAAUUCUGACCUCGUUGGUCACGGCCGCGUUGCUCACGACGCCAGACAAAACGACGCCGUCUUUCUCUGCCGAGUGCCGCAAUCUGGCCGCAACAGCAUUGCGUGAUAUGCAAACUCUCUUGCGACUCCUAGAGGAACGAAGUCGAACCGAGAAACCCACGGCAGAGCUUGAUGACAGGGAAAAAGCGGGAUUUACAGAGGCUACCGGCAAGGUGUGGGACGACUGCGACAAGCUGAUCCCCCUGGCUGGUGAGGGUGUACCCGGUUAUGUGGUGCGAAAGUCAAAUCAGUGGCUAGAUCUGAUGAAAGAUGCGGUCAAGGAGUUGGAAGAUUGGGAUCCCGAGGAUGACAUUGAAGAGCAUGACCCAUUUGGUCUCGGCCAUAGCGACCACGAAGAAUCUGACGACGUUAAUGAUGACGAGCGCGACAACGAUCGAGCGGCCAUAUCCACCGGGGUCAAGGAACAAGCACUCAAAGUCUUGAACCGCAUCCCACAAAGCAUUCACGUCGUCAUCAAGCAGAGACUCGAGAAAAUUCCUAGGGAUAAGACCAACUCGGCCAGUCAAAUGUCUCAGAUGGAUACCCUCCUCAAACGAAUCCGCCAUGUGUCUGAACUUAUUGACGAAUCCGCCGAAGGCAUGUAUCUUGGUAAUCCCGAAUUGUGUCUGAAGAAGGCAGGCGAAGCUCGAGCUCUUACCAUUGAGGUAGUGGAAUCUGUGCUGCAACCGAUCGAAGAACCGGAUGUAAAGAAAUCGACAGCCGAAACCAAGGAAGAUAAAUACGUCCAACGAGCACUUGAAUGGAUUCAAAAGGUUGACCCUAGGGCUUCAGUGGCACCAACAUAA